AUGAUCUGGAAGUUCUUAUUCUACCUCUUGCAUAAGUCAAUACAUCCCGACGAAGCCAAAUCCAGGUGGAAAGCGGUGUCAGAAGGAGACAUCAGUCUGGAAAGUUUCGAAGAAAGCUCUGAAAAGCUAAAGAAUAUGCCGAUUCAUCCCGAGGACAAGCUUUUUCUGAUGCAAAAGUUAGGAAUAUGCGGCAGUUCUGGAUUUCUAAGUCCGACUGUUGAAGCUGAAGAAUCUACUGAAACAGGAAACGUGCCCGAUUCGCAACCUUUUCAUAAUAGGAUUGUAAAGAAAGAACUAUUUUGGCGUUCGGAGCAAUCCGAAGAGCGGAUGUUCUUCUCUGAAAGUAUGGACUUUGAGGAAAUUAUCAAAGCAAUGAUGCCGCUUCCAAAAUUCUUUUAA